UCUGAUAUUUUAUUCGUUGUUUGAGUCAUCCUCUAUAAAUCAUUUUCUUUUCCCAAAUUUCUACAGUAUCAAAUUUGAAGUUGAAGGUAGUUUUCAUGGCAAAGAACGUCCUUCUGAAUCAUUUUCUUCCCAUACUGCUACUAUGCGCAGGAGUGCAAUCUGACGUGACUUUCACUUUCGAGAACAUGUGCUCAGACACCUUGUGGCGCGCCUCAAACCCUAGCAUCGGAGACUUGGAGCCAGAUCUGCCGCGAGACACGUUCGAGAUAUUCAACAUGGACGAUCACUACAGAGGCUCCAUCUGGUUCCGAACCAAAUGCUCCACCAACGGAUCCAAUUACUUCUCAUGCGAAACCGGUGACUGUCGCAACGGGAUCAUGGAGUGUGCGGGCAUAAACCCCACUUACCCCGUUACCCUUCUCAACUUUGCGGUUAACAACCCCGUGGUGUCCUACGGUGUGAGUUUGGUUCACGGGCAGAAUAUUUUGGUUCGGAUCCAACCCAAUGGUGGAACCCUAGUUGAUGGGUCGGGACCGUGCCCUAUGGUGGAUUGCAACAAGGAACUUUCCAGUGUGUGCCCUCUUUCUUUGAUAAAAGAGAACAAGGAUGGACAGUAUGUGGGUUGCAAUAGUGCUUGUGAUGUGCUUAAGGAUCCCAAGUAUUGUUGUAAUGGUCAUGGUUGCCAACCCGAUGAGAUUUCGUUGAAGUAUAAGGGGCUUUGUCCUUUGGCUCACACUUACCCUGGUGAUGCUAAGCCUCCGUUUUAUCAGUGCAAAGGGGCUGAUAGUUAUGCCAUUACCCUUUGUCCUCCCCUUUAGAUUGUCUCAUCACUGAAUGUGUGUUGUUCAUGACCUAGAAUUUAUAUAGUGUAUUCUAAUGUACUCAUUUGAUGGUUAUAGGUGAAUAAUCCGUAAUAAAGAAAAA